AUGAGCUAUACAGCCCCAAAAAGUUGCAWUGCGUCCACAAUCACAGUUCUUGGCUGCGGCGCGUUGGGAACCGCAAUACUUUCCGGCCUCCUUGACGCGAUGUCAGGCUCCAGUCGCUCGAAUACAUUCUCUAAGUUCAUAGCCUGUGUCCGGAGAGAAGCGGCCGCAGAGUACAUUGAUACCAUCCUCAAUCCGAACCACAACUUACUGCCACACCUACUUAUAUCUGUCUGCGAGAAUCUCCAAGCCGUCCAACAAGCAGAUGUCGUCAUUCUGGCCUGCCAACCUCAUCUCUACACGGAAGCUCUCGCCGAGUCGGGUAUUGCUCAAGCACUCAACGGGAAACUCCUGAUCAGCGUCCUAGCUGGAGUGUCCGAGUCAGAUAUCCAAAGUACUUUGGGAGGAAUAGACUGUCACAUCCUMCGCGCCAUGCCAAACACCGCUUCCAAAGUCCGAGACUCCAUGACCGUCAUUCCCAAACCACCAACCUUGAUCCCACAGCAUAUGCUUGAUCUUGCGGAUUAUAUCUUCACCUGCGUUGGCACAGUCCGUCACAUCGAACCUGAACUGAUGAACGUCUGCACAACGCUCUGCGGAUCGAGUCCCGCGUUCUUUGCAGUCAUUGUGGAUGCGUUGGUUGAUAGUGCUGUUUCGAUGGGUGUCAAGAGGGCAGAUGCGGUGGUUAUGGCUGCACAGGCUAUGCGUGGGACGGCAAGCUUGAUACUCGAGGGUAACUGCACGCCGAUGGAGGUCAGAGAUGGUGUCACUAGCCCGGGUGGAUCGACAAUCGUUGGGGUAUUGAAGAUGGAGGAGGGAGGUGUAAGAAGUUCGUUGAAUCGGGCACUUGUUGCUACUACGGAGAAGGCAGAGGGUUUGGGGAGAAGUGUUGGGGAAUAG